AUUACCAAGCGAGGCGCUGGCAGGAACUUCAUUACCCUUCUUUGCCUUAGUAUCUUGGCAAAUUAUGCUGCUACUCGCACCAUGAACUGGCUGUCCGCUUCCCCGGGAGUCGUUUUAACAGCAUACCAUCCCAGCGGCAACAAUGCCGUGGCCGGGAGUAAUGCGAAAGAGAGCGAAGAAACGGUCCCCUCAAGCCGCAGAUCUGGCCAGUAUACAAUGAACCAUGACAACUCUAAGAAGUCCACAGAGAGGCCACAAAUGGACCGCUCAAGUUCCCAGGAUUCCUUGGAUGAGUUGUCUAUGGAUGACUAUUGGAAAGAACUUGAAAACAUCCAUGAAACCAGCAAAAAUAAUCAUAGAGAGCAAGAAGUGGUUGUGGUGAAAGAGCCUGAUGAGGGAGAAUUGGAAGAAGAGUGGUUAAAGGAAGCUGGGCUGUCAAACCUUUUUGGUGAGAGCACAGGAGAUUCCCUAGACAGCAUGGUGUUUCUGUCCACAUUGACGCGAACUCAGACAGCAGCAGUACAAAAGCGAGUGGAGACUGUCUCACAAACCCUGAGGAAAAAAAACAAGCCGUACCAGGUUCCUGACGUCAGAGAUAUCUUCAGGCAACAAAGUGAUUCAAAGGAAAAAGUCUCUGGUGAGAGUGAGCCCUCAUCUGUGACAGCAAGAGAGACUAAAAAUGAAGCUCAAGAUGAAGUGAAAGAUGAUCCGGAGUUCAACCUUGGUAUCAGUGAAAAGACCACCCUGCUUGAGGAUGUGCCAGUUUCUGAAACUGAUAUCAAUUUAGAGAUUUCAUUUGCAGAGCAGGCAGCCAAUCUCAAAGACAGCUCAAUAGGCAAAAUGUGCAAAGACAAAGAGGAUGAUACGCUACUUCCUAAUUUCAGAUUGCCAAAGGACAAAACGGGUACCACAAAGAUUGGUGAUUUGGCCCCUCAGGACAUGAAGAAAGUCUAUUCCUUAGCACUAAUUGAGCUAACCGCGCUGUAUGACUUACUCGGGACAGAAUUCAAGCAACAAAAAGCCAUAAAAAUCAAAACGAAAGACUCUGGUCUUUUUGGUGUCCCACUGUCAGUUUUGCUGGAACAGGAUCAGAAGAAAGUACCAGGCACCAGGAUACCACUGAUCUUUCACAAACUGAUUUCUCAGAUAGAAGAGGCAAGAUUGGAUACAGAAGGACUUCUUCGAAUACCAGGAGUAGCAGCAAGAGUAAAGAGUCUUUGCCAAGAACUGGAAGCAAAGUUUUAUGAAGGGACUUUCAACUGGGAAAGUGUGAAGCAACAUGAUGCAGCAAGUCUUUUAAAACUCUUCAUCCGAGAACUGCCUCAGCCACUACUCACUGUGGAAUAUCUCAAAGCUUUCCAGGAUGUGCAGAAUCUUCCAACUAAGAAGCAUCAACUGCAGGCAUUGAAUCUUUUGGUACUACUCCUACCUGAAGCAAACAGAGACACUUUGAAGAUACUGCUUGAAUUCCUCCAAAGGGUAAUUGAUCAUCGAGAUAAAAAUAAAAUGACAUUAAAUAAUGUUGCAAUGGUGAUGGCCCCAAACCUCUUCACGUUUCAUGGGUUAGGCUCAAAGACUAUUGAACAAAGCGAGUUUGUUAUGGCUGCUGGAACAGCAAACGUCAUGCGCUUUAUGAUUAAAUACCAAAAACUUCUUUGGACAAUUCCUAAAUUUAUUGUCAACCAAGUGAGAAAGCAAAACACUGCAAGUCAGAAGAAGGAGAAAAAGGACAAAGCUAUGAAAAAACUGCUGAAAAAGAUGGCUUAUGACAAGGAAAAACAUGAAAAGCAAGACAAGAGCCCCAAUGAUGCUGAUGUUCCUCAGGGAGUGAUACGGGUGCAAGCGCCUCAUCUUUCGAAAGUUUCCAUGGCAAUACAGCUGACGGAAGAACUAAAAGCCAGUGAUAUAGUAGCCAGGUUUCUCAGCCAGAAGAGUGGAGUUGUCCAAGCUCUCAAGAAAGAAGAGGUAUUUUUAUAUGAAAUUGGAGGAAAUAUUGGAGAACGCUGCCUUGAUGAUGAUACCUACAUGAAGGACCUGUACCAACUCAACCCAAAUGCUGAGUGGGUUAUAAAGUGCAAGCAUAGUUAAACUCAUAACAAAUUACAAAAGAAAAAUCUGUGGACUGGACUUCGUAAUACUGUGUAUUCUAAAAGGACAGAAUGUUGUUUUAUCAUUCAAAUGCAUUGUACUAUUAAAGGAAUAUUGUCAAGCUUAUUAAAACACUUACAAGCGGUUUCCACUAACUUGGCAACAUUUACCACAGUCACCACGCAGCAAUAUCUGAGAUUCUAGCUUUCCCCGCCACGCAUAUUUAGACUCAGGAGUGAUUUCAUGGUAUCUGAAGUUAAAUGUUGACUUUUCAGUGACAACCAUUGUACCUUGAUAAUGGUCCCAUCUGGAAGGUCUUAUGUUCAUAUCUAUAAUCUUUUUGCACUAGAGAGAUCUAUAUUGUCUUUCUUUAUAUAUGUAUUUUUUAUAGCGCCUAGCACGGUGGGGAACCCAAUCCUGACUGGGGCUUCUGAGUGCUACAGUAAUAUAAAUAUUAAAUAAAAAGUAUGAUUCCAGAGACAUAAAGUUUCCUGUCACUGUGAGAUUCAAAGGAGACAAACUGUAAUGUAAUAUAUCCUGUCUCUGUCUUAAUAAGUGUGCCCCAACUUUUUUCUCCUGGGGUACAUUUUGAUGAAAAUUGGCUGAUAGCGACUUUUUUUGUGAAAACUUCUAUUUCUGCCCAGCAUUCCUGCUAGACAAACUAAGUUGCACACCCUUUUAUAUUAUGGGUCUGGUGAUUUGAUUGUAUUCUUGAUGGUAAAGAAUUUUUAAAUGGGACCACAUGUCAAGGUCCAUUUGAAAGCCUACAACCCUUAGUAGUGUUCUUUCUAAUAUUGGAAUGUUCGUAUCCAAUGUAGAGGCACUGAGUUGUUUUAUGGUGCCAUACAGGGACAUUGUGUACCCUACUUGGAUUUUCUUAGACCAUCUGACAGAUUUCAAAACAUUUUGUGAACUGCCAAAAACUGCCAAUUACUUAUGAAUUGCAGAACACAAACAUUCAGGAUAAAUAAAGCAACUGUGGUGAGUAACUGUGGUCUGAAAUUCACAUUUAGCAAACUAUCAAAACCCCCAGACAACAUGUCUUCAUUGCAGAGUUAACCGAGGCUCUUACUUGGUGUUGCCGCUAAACUGGCUCCUGACCACACACAAAAACCUCUUACCUAACUAUAGUGGUGCUUUAUACCUGGGCUAGCUGGCCCAUCCUGGGGUAUAGGCUAAAGCCCAAGUUCUGCUUUCACUUGGGCUGGUAACCUGCCCAUUUUGCAAUGAGGACGAAGGCUAAACCACUAGAGAGCUGAUAGUCUAUCAGUGCUUUCCCACAAUUCCCCCCAUGUCCCCAGAAGGACAAAUUAGUCCCAAAAGUCACUGGGUGAAGAAACAUGGGAUAUGCCCCUUAGCGCCACACAUACACAUGAGUGCAGCACCAAUGGAGACCCAGUAACUCGAGUGUGGCUACUCACCUGAGCUAGAUUAAUGCCGGUGCCACUUGGUUGAUCUAACUCUGCAGCGAAAACAUACCCUUUGAACCAAAUUUUCCCCUUGGACACACUUACAUUGAUCUCAUUGAAUCAAAGGGAGUCUUGCAUACAUGUCCAAGGGAAGAAUCAGGCCUUUUGGACCUGAUUCAAACCCAAUGACAUCAAAGGGAAUCUUUUCAACGAGCUUUGGAUCAGGCUCUCACACUGUAUUAUUCACAAGUGAACUUAAAAUUACACUGUUAGAACUGUCUGUCGCAUCAGCAA